CAACAAGAAAACAAACGAACCGAGACAUUCGCCGAAGUAAAAAGCUGCGGAUUUUCCCUGGUGCAAAACAAGUUUAUUCAAAAACGUUUACAGUUUUCCAAUAAUAGUAUAGAUAAUAUUUAGUGAUAGAAGUAGCUAAUUAGUAAUGUUUUAGUGACAAUUUAAAUCGCAUACAAUAGUGCUUAGUACGAGAUUCAAUGUUAUUGUAGUUACCCAUUAAACAUUCUAACCUAGAAAACCAUGUCCUAUCUGUCUCGCCGAGAACUAGAGGACCUUCGUCCUUCGCUGGACAAACUGGUCUACAAAGUGCUGGGGAGCUCCGAUUCCUCAGUAUUGUCGACGAUUGAAAGCAAUCUGCACAGCGGAUUCGAUCGGCGGAAAUUAAUCGAUAAGCUUUCGUCGUUUGUUGAAAGCAAAAGAGCAAGCCGAUUGUCCGACAAGGUUGAGGAUCUGCUGGACGGAUUGAAAUCAUCGUCCCAUCGAUCGAAGAAAAGAUCCCACGAAGAGGAUGGUCGGGAACGGGAUACCAAGAAAGUUAAAACCAAAUACGAAGAUGAGGCGAAAAAGCAGCCAUCGGGGGAGAGUAAAAGCAAGAAGGAGGGUAAUGGAAACGCCAAACCGGAUCAGGAUGAUAAAAGUUCCAAGGAAGAUCAAGCUUCGAAAAACUUUUCCUCUAACCAAAUCAAAAUGAUGAUGGAAAACGCUCAGAAGGAAAUUGAAGAGCGCAAGAAAAAGUUGGAAUCGAUAAAAGCGGCGAAAGCUCCUCCGGCAUCAGCCCUGGCCGCAGCAGCGGCCGUCUCCGCGAAAAUUACAGCUGCUCAGGAGACUGUUCCUCCGGCGGUAGAUUUGGAACGUUCCAGAAAAAUUGCUCAGCUACAAGAGCAGAUUCGCGCGAAAUUGUCCGGAACACUGGCAACCGUUCUACCGCCAGUCAUUCAGGACAAACCGAAACCGUUAAUUUUGGAUGCUGAAGGACGAACCGUCGAUGGGAGUGGCCAAGCCGUUGAGGUGCCAAAGCUUACACCUACCUUGAAGGCCAACAUCCGUGCCAAGAAGCGGGAAAUCACCAAAAUACACCAAGCUGAGAAGCAACAGCAGGAAGAGUCAGCUGAGGCACACUUUUUCGAUGAUCGGAUUACCGUCAAACCGGCGGUCCGCAAUAAGCGCGCCCUUCGAUUCCACGAACCGGGUAAAUUCCAGCAAAUGGCCGAACGUUUACGCAUGAAAUCUCAACUGGAAAAACUGCAGAAUGAGAUAUCUCAAAUAGCGCGCAAAACAGGAAUCAGCUCAGCUACCAAGCUGGCUUUGAUCGCCCCAAAGGCGGACACUCAUUCAAACGAAGUCCCCCAGAUGGAGUGGUGGGAUUCGGUGAUUCUCACUGAUGAUCUUAACACUUUGGAUAAAAACGGUCGCAUCUCAAUCCGUGAUUCAGCAAUCACCAAUCUGAUCGAACAUCCGACGCAGAUGCGCCCUCCAAACGAAUCAUCCCGCCCCGUCUAUCUACCAGUGUUUCUCACAAAAAAGGAACGCAAAAAACUGCGUCGGCAGAAUCGUCGCGAAGCAUGGAAGGAAGAGCAAGAAAAGAUCCGUUUGGGGUUGGAACCUCCGCCGGAGCCGAAAUUGCGCAUUUCGAAUUUGAUGCGAGUGUUAGGAACUGAAGCUGUUCAGGAUCCAACCAAAAUCGAAGCUCAUGUCCGCGAGCAGAUGGCCAAGCGACAGAAAGCGCACGAAGAGGCCAACGCCGCGCGGAAGCUUACCGACGACCAGCGCCGGGAGAAGAAAGUCCGCAAGAUGAAGGAGGACACCUCACUGGGGGUGCAUGUUUCUGUUUACAGGAUCAGGGAUUUGCACGAUCAGCAAGCCAAAAAGUUCAAGGUGGAAACGAACGCCAAACAGCUGUUCAUGACCGGUGUCUGCAUUCUGUUUAGGGACUGCUGCGUGGUGGUGGCCGAAGGCGGUCCAAAGCAGCAAAAGAAAUACAAACGGCUAAUGCUGCAUCGUAUCAAGUGGGAGGAGGAUUCGGUGAAGAAUGCCGACGGCAACGAGGUGCCCAAUUCGUGCGUUCUGGUCUGGGAAGGUACGGCCCAGAGACGCCACUUUGGUGAGUUUAAAUACAAGUCGUUCCCGAUGGAGAAAAGUGCUAGGGAGUUCUUCCAGAAGCAUCACGUCGAGCACUACUGGGAUUUGGCAUAUUCGGGAGCAGUGCUCGAAGCAUCGGAAGAUACGUAAGUUGUUAGCGUGACUGCAAUGGUAAUCGGUUUAUUAUGAAAGGUGAGUUCGUUGAUAAUUGUUUGUAUUUUGAUGCGUUCUGCGAAAUUCAAAAUCGAUUAUACCUACGUUUUUGUUAAAUGCGGAGGAUAAAAGUGCGAUGCUGACGUGUUAUGCGAGAACAAAUCUAGAUUAAAUAAAUUUGGAUAGUUUUAGGCAACUUAGAAUACAAA